CCGACGACGCUUCGUCCGCUGCUCGCGGUGCUCCGGCGCCUGCGCUCCCUUGGCGCGCCCGCAGACCCCGACCCGCCGGCCGCGGCGCCCUCGCCCCGCCACCAUGUCGCAGAGCGAGAGCCCCGGGCUGCAGGAGGAGAGCCUGCACGGCUCCUGGGUAGAAUUACACUUCGGCAGUAACGGGAGUGGGAGCAGUGUCCCCGACUCCGUUUCUAUUUAUAACGGCGACAUGGAGAAAAUACUGCUGGACGCGCAGCACGAGUCCGGGCGCAGCAGCUCCAAGAGUUCUCACUGCGACAGCCCGCCCCGCUCACAGACCCCCCAGGACACUAACAGAGCUUCUGAGACAGACACGCAUAGCCUCGGAGAGAAGAACAGCUCCCAGUCCGAGGAAGACUUCAUGGAGAGGAGGAAAGAGGUCGAAAGCAUCCUGAGGAAAAACUCAGACUGGAUUUGGGAUUGGUCCAGUCGGCCAGAGAACGUCCCCCCGGCCAAGGAGUUCCUGCUCUUCAAGCACCCGAAGCGCGCGCCCACGCUCAGCAUGCGCAACACGAGCGUCAUGAAGAAGGGCGGCAUCUUCUCCGCGGAGUUCCUCAAGGUCUUCCUGCCGUCACUGCUGCUGUCCCACCUGCUGGCCAUCGGGCUGGGGAUCUACAUCGGGAGGCGCCUGACCACAUCCACCAGCACGUUCUGAUGCAGGCUUCAGCCCGGCGUCCCCACGCUGCGAGGCCCGCGCCCCGCACAGGGCGCGGAAGCAGCUGUCGUCCUGGGCGGCCGCCCCAUGCGCCAUUUCUUCUGUCAGCGCCGCCUUCCUAACUCUGAAACAGACACUAAACCUCGCUCUCCCGCAGCCACACUUACGGGAUCGAGCGACAAGCAUGUCAUUGAUUAAUAUCUACUGUAAUAAUUCGGUAGUAACCUUUCUUCCGAUAUUAUAAAUAUCAAAGUAUAAAUAAUUUUAAAAUA